GUGUUUUCAAGAAGGCUUCAAUCAAACUUGCUUCAGAGUUUUCAAAAAGAAGUUUGUCUGGCAAAAAAGAGGAGGUUAGCCCCUCUCUGUCCAUGAUACUUAGUAAGUACAUUAAAAAUGCGUCUGCCUUCUACCUGUGUGACAAAAAUGGGGCGGACCCCAGCGAAGCGUACAACGCGGUUGGGGGAAAACGACGUAUUUCACUGCAGCUCUUUCCGUCGCACCCAAAAUUACCCAAGAAUGAGACAGGCGUGCCUCUUACGCUUCACCUCACCAUGGUGGCUCACUACGACGGCUCCCUUACCGUUCCUGUAAGGGAUUAUCAUUCCAUGGUGGUUCUGAUCGACCAAGUGAGGUUGGAUGUCGGGAAGGUUCAACAAGAGACGGGCACCGAAAACGGUGCUGCUCGCAGGCAUGUGACAGCGUACGCCUUUGGGUUUACGUCGGAUACCUCCAAAACCAUGGAACUCCGCUACCGUUCUCCGUUUUUGGCUCCACGUGACAUUCAAUCGAAAGAGGAAGAUGUGCGACUUGUGGACUUCUUGUUGCUGCAUCCCUCGCAAAAUGAACGUGAUCUAAAGGUGUUGGAUUAUGUGACGAACCCGACUUCUGCAUGUAUUGUUUCUUCAGGAUGCAAGGUGGGGAAUAAGAAGCGAAUUGGAAACCGUGCCGUCUUGGUGUCUCGCUUCAAAACGAGAGUCGAUGGUCUAUGUAAGGCGUCGUACAAGUGCCAGUUGGUGCUGGGACUGAUUCGUCGCUACAACACCGGGGAGGUGGAGGUUGAGCGGUGCGAACGACCUCUUGACCUUGCUUCCAUCCUCAACCAGGAGUACUACCCAGACAAGGUCAGAGCCAUGACGUUCUCUCGUGGGGAGUUUAUGUGGUUCAGGCUUCGCAGGCGCUGCUUUGUGGCACCGGAGGAGUGUCGCAGUGGGUUGCUUUUGCCCUAUGAUUACGACAAUAGCGGCGUGGAAAUCAGUGAUGUGGUGAACGAUGAGGAUCGUGUCUUAUUAUCAACGGGAAAUGUAAAACAUUUACGCGUGGAAGAUGCCACCUCGAUGGUAGCCAAGGAAGAUGGCACUACGCAGUUAUGUGACGAAAAUUCUACCACAUCGCGUCUGACCAAAUAUAGUCCCAACAGUGGUUACAGUCGUCCGGAUGCGAGUCAGCAUGCUGCUGUAUCGGUUGUUUCUAUUGUGAGAGAAAAGGAACAGGUGGUGGAAAAGCCGGUUCCACGCAUAACGGACAGUAUAAUGACUUCAUACAAUAACUACGAAGACAAUAGUUAUGCCCCUGUAGAGAAUGAGAAGGAAAUGGCGGCGACGGACUUAACAACCGGUACUGUGAAGGGUGGGCCACGGCGAGAUUGGGAUCGAAUGUGUGUAACACCACCAGCCAGUAAUAACUUGAGCCCUGUGGCUGUACAACGUGCAAUGGCCAAUCCAUUUGCGUGCGUGUCAAACGCCUCGGAGACUUCAAGGGUCCACUCGUUAGUUAUGAAAUCCAACACACCAGCAGGGGUAGAACAAAAGUAUCUUUUUGAAGAGAAACCGAAUAUGUCUGAGCGUGAUGAAAAUCAUUCCAAAGAGGAGGCAACAAAGAAAAAUGUGGGACUUAUUACUUUUGAAAUAACUUUUCAGCGAGAGGGCGCUGACAGUGAGUUUACCGAAUGA